UCUUCUCAAAUCACAUCGAUCUCUCUUCUUCAACCUUUUCGUAGUAUCAAAAUUAAACAAACUAACCAUUUGAUGGCAUCUUCAUCGUCGUCUUUUCACUCCACUCCUCCCACCUCUUGGAAAUAUGACGUUUUUCUCAGUUUUAGAGGCACAGACACUCGCUACACCUUUGUGGAUCAUCUUUACACAGCUCUUAUACAACAAGGAAUCGGCACUUUCAAGGAUGACGAAGAACUUCCUCGGGGCGAAACCAUCCGUCCAUCGCUUUUGAAGGCUAUUGARGACUCACAKAUUGCURUCGUUGUAUUCUCUGAAAACUAUGCCCAUUCUUCUUGGUGCUUGCAAGAACUUGAACAUAUUAUGAAAUGCAAGGUUGAGAGAGACCAAAUUGUUAUUCCCAUAUUUUAUCACGUUGAUCCCUCGGAAAUUCGAAAUCAAGAAAGGAAAUACGAAGAAGCAUUUUCCAAACACGAGACAGAGAAGAAAAACGUUGAAUCUUGGAGAAAAGCACUUACGGAAGCAGGGCACCUAUCUGGACAUGUCCCUUAUGGGCCCGAGACAGUAUUCAUCAAAAACAUUGUUAAAGAAAUUGUAGAAAGAUUAUGUAUAGCAAUUCCAAGCGACAAUGAAGACCUGAUUGGAAUGGAGAAUCGCCUACAAGAUUUGAAAUCAAAGUUAGCAAUUGAUUCACAAGGUGUGCUGAUGGUUGGAAUAUGGGGGCUUGGUGGUGGUGGUAAGACUACUCUAGCAUAUGCUAUUUAUGAUGAAAUCUCCAGUAAGUUUGAUGGUUGUUGCUUUGUGAAAAACAUUCGGGAAGAAUCACGCAAGCAUGGUUUGGAGGAAUUGCAGAAGGAAAUUCUCUCACUUACUUUGAGGCAAAAAAGAGAAGAUUUAGUUGGAGAUGUAAGGAAGUUGAUAAAGAGUAGGCUUCGUCGUAAAAAGGUCUUGCUAGUUCUUGAUGAUGUCGAUGAUGCUAACCAGCUUACGGCAUUGGCUUCACAUGAUUGGUUUAAUGAAGGAAGCAGAAUUAUAAUCACAACUAGAGAUAAACAUUUACUGAAAGCUCACAAAGUAAAUGUGAUAUACGAUAUUAGCUUGUUAAAUGAUGACGAGGCUAUGAAGCUCUUUAGCAAGCAUGCACUUGGGCAUGGUAUCCAUAUAGAAGAUUAUGAUAGUCUUUCAAAAGAGGUUGUUUCUUAUGCCGGUGGGCUCCCGUUAGCACUUAAAGUUAUGGGUUCAUUUCUUUGCGACAAAGACGGGAGUGAGUGGGUGAGCGCCUUGGCCAGACUAAAAGAUAUCCCGCAUGGUAAAAUUGUGGAACAACUAAAAAUUAGCUAUGAUGGACUUGAACCCCUAGUGAAAGAGUUGUUCCUAGAAAUUGCAUGUUUUUUUAGGAGAGAAAAGAAAGAUAAGGCAAUAGUGAUACUUCAAGCUUGUGGUUUACACCCUGAUAUAGGAGUAAAGGAACUGAUACAAAAGGCUCUUAUAAUUGUGACAAAAGAAGGAAUGUUUGAUAUGCAUGAUCUGAUACAAGAAAUGGGGCACCACGUCGUUCGAGAGAAAAACCCACGAAAUCCUGAAAAACACAGUAGGGUUUGGCGGUGGGAGGAUGUUGUAACGAUAUGUGCUCUACCUGACGAGAAAAACCAUUGGAUUGAAGCAUUAGAAGUUUGGGGUACGGGGGCACAAGAACCUUGGACAUUGGGGGAGGUUCCUUGUAGUUUUCCUCGUGUUGUUGCAAACAUGAAGGAACUUCGGUUGAUUUCUUGCUUGGGAUAUCCAGCGACUUCAUUGCCAGGAAAUUUUCAACCAACUAAACUUUCUUAUCUACAAUUGAAUUCAGUCUCACUAGAGCAACUUUGGGAAGGUGAAAAGCAUCUACCAAAUUUGAAAGUGCUUGACCUCACUGGUUGCAGUAACCUUAUCAGGACACCAGAUUUUCACGAACUUCCGUGUCUUGAAAGAAUAAUACUCCACAGUUGUCUCAAGUUAACAGAUGUUCAUCCAUCAAUUGGAUAUCAUGAAAGGCUUAUUUCCGUGGAAAUGCCAAAAUGUAGGAGCCUUAAAAUGUUUCCACCCAUCAGAGGGAUGAAAAAGUUGGAGACUCUUAUUCUUUCUUGGUGCUCUGAACUUUGCAUGUUCCCGGAGAUCCAAAUGAACCUGGAUAACAUUGUAGAGAUUUCUUUGAUGGGAACUGGAAUAAAAGUCGUACCAUCGUCAAUCGGAAAAUAUUGUACCAGUCUUCUUUCUCUUGAUUUGCGAAGUUGCGGAAGUCUAGAGAGUAUUGAAGGCAACCUCCAUUGCUUAAAACAUUUGAAAGAGUUUCAUAUCGAUAAUUGUAAAGAGCUUAAGAUACCAGCAGAGGGCCUCUUUGAUGUAAAAGGUUGUUUAGAGGUGUUUUAUUUAUAUAAUACAUCCUUCAAGAAUCCUCAUCGAGGCAUCGCGAGCAUGAAAUUUCUAGGUUUUCCACCUCCCUUAAGAAGGUUGGGUCUUGGUUGGUGCAAUUUAUCAAAUCAAGACAUCUCAUCUGUUGUUUCCGAGUUAUCCAACCUACAAGUAUUAGACCUACAAGGAAAUGAUUUUUCACGAUUGCGUUGCAGCCUCUUGGAACUUCGUAGUCUCAAAUUCCUCGACCUGUCAUUUUGUUGUAACCUUGUAGAAUUACCAGAUCUUCCAUCAAACAUAGCUGUUGUCCGAGCAUAUGGGUGCAGCAAGCUU